AUGGAGAACUCAAGAUCAUCUUUAAAUGAACAGGUGGACACAUUCGGUGAAAUCAGCAGGGAAAUCACAAAUCUUGAUGCACAGCACCAGGUCGGCAAUGCUGCACCGCUUCGUUCCUCUGAUAUCUCUGGAAAGACACCCAUUCAUCUCCCAAACGAAGUAUUGAACCUUAUUUGGAGUCACAUAUAUAUCAUAGAGCAACGAAACGUUACAGUCAGAUGUAAGAAAGUCGGAGAGAGCUUUGAACUAUGGAGUAAUGAGCCAUAUUCUGUUGCUUUACGUGUUUGCCGACAAUCAAGACAGUGGUUCAUAGACCAACAUCGCGACAAACAAUACAACGUAGCUGCACUUGCGCAGAUUGGAGGGUAUGUCGGACCACUAAAUCCACUCAAGAAUCUUUGGUUCAAUCCACAAAUUGAUCGCAUUUGCCCGAUUAUCGAAGGAGAUUGGAGUGACGAAGCUUUUAUUACCAUGUGCAACGUCAUGCAAGUCACUAAAGUUGACAACUUUGCAGUGAGUGACUGCUCCCACGAAUCCGCCAUCUACAGUCCUUGGGCGGCCUACUACAGACUCAGCAAUAUUGAUAACUGGAGCUUGAGUUUCAAAGAAGUCAUGAUCUAUACAACCAAAAGCGAUAUCAAUGAGAAUCGUCAACUCAAGCUCGUCGAAUGGAAAGACGGAGAUGUCAAGCUGGACACGUUGCAAGAGAAGCGCCGCAGAAUCCAGACAAACUACAAGGCUUUGCAAACCUUCAAGAAGGUCUCAGAAGCAUACGCAGACCAAAGAAUUGCAGAUGCUCAAGCGAACUUGAAGGGGAACAUAGCAAGAAAGGUCUCUAAUCUACCAAUCUGGCUCUACCAGAAUAGAGAGGAAUGGGAGGGUCUAAAUUUGCAGAUCAUGGUUGAAGCCGGCGCCCUUAAUCGCCAACAAGAUUAUUCUGCAGGCAACGAAUCAUCGGACUGUGAUGAUAACGAUGACAGGGGUACUGGCUAUGCAGAAAGCCAAAAUGACGAAGAGGUCAGCGAGGAGGAUGAAGAUGAGGAACCCGAGGAAGAUGAGGGUAUUACGGAUGAUAACAGCGACGAUGAUAUUGAAAAUUAA